UGCUCCACAGUCCACUGCACAGUUCUGUGGUCCACACUCUUUUCAUCCUUUCUGUGUGGAAAGAUGGAGGGAGUAAAUAACAUCGAGGAUUUCGAGUCACGGCUUCUGGAGCUAGAAAAACGUGUGUAUGGAGAAAGGGGAAGCCGGAACAAACAAGUGAAGUGUGCUGAUUCUCUUGUGAAGAUCCAAACAGCGCUGGGAAGCACUGCCAACAAGAGAGAGCGCAUAAAAAUCCUACACAAAAAGAUUGAAGACCUGAUGAAGUAUCUUGACCCUAAAUUCACAGAGCACAUUGCUGUUUCUGAUAACAUGAAACUGGAGUUUAUUUUAGCCGAGGACGAGUUCCUGCUAUCUCAGGCUGCGCUGCUGGAACAGGUUAGCAGUCUGCUGCCAGUCCUUGACAGCAGCUACAUCAAAGCUGUUCCUGAGCAUGUAACAAAACUGCAGCACCUGUCACAAAUACACAUGACACAGCAGGACAAAAGUGAGGCGCUGUCAGCCAAGGCCAGCAAACAAUUAGAAGAUUACAACAAGAUGAUGUUAUUGCUCUCCAAGCAAUUUUCCCAUUGGGACGAGACACUUCGACAGCUGGAGGAAGCCAAGCAAGUCAAAGCAGUGGACUAGUGGCGUCGCUGUGUGGCCUCAUUUACCAUUUACCAUUUGCCUCGUACGGCAACAUCACUGCACCGUCUUCAGACGGCCCCUCACUCAACGCAUGGCUGUAUAUGGGACCUAUACUGCUGUUGCCUUUCCCACUCCAAAAAAAAUUAUUUCUCAAAUAUUUUCAUGAAAAUAAAUCACCUGGGGCAGUAAAAUGGUCACACAGUUCAGUGUUGGUCCAUGCGGACAGCUGUCUAUAUCGUCCCAGUUCUGUUCCAAGCAUGAGGACUCAUUUAUGUUAGUAUUGUAACCAAAUUGAAGCAACGGUUGGGCAUAUGUUGAUUAUAUUACACAAUGAAUGUGUCUGUGUAGAAGUAAGAGAGGUAAAUGGAAGUGAUCUGCUGUGACAUUGGGAUUGGAAGCUGCUUUUUUAUAUUUCCAGAACCUGAAAACAAUAAACUUAAGCUAUCAAAGAUGUCUAACAUCAAAUAAAAGUCUAGUAAUUUAUGUACUGAGUUUAAACAUAUCUAGUUGUGGAUUUUAAUCUUUGGAACCUAUGGCAACACUAGUAUACUGAUAUUGUGUGAUCUCUUAUUUUCAUGCAUCUAGGAUAUACAAUAUUUAAACACUUCCAUGAUCAAAUACAUGAAGCAGUUAUAAAUCAGUACAAUAGUCCAUAUUGUGAAAAUGCUUGGUAUUUAAUGAAAAGAAAGACCUUUAGAUGGCAGUCAAACACAAGCUUCAGUAAAUAAUAAUAAUGAUCAUAAUAGAUUGCAUGCAGUAAUACACACCUUCUGAGCCUAAAUACAUGCAAUUGUGUCGCAUACUUGCCUCCAAACUAAUUUUAAUUUCACAAUAAACGCAUGUGCCUGCUG